CUCUUACAAAGCUCCGUGGUCCGAUGCGACAGCUGCUGGGAGCAAGCAACAAGCCCAGCCGAUUAUGUUGGCUCAAUAAUCACAAUAAUCAGACAGCACCCCAUCCAUACCAUGGACAAUUGCGCGAGUACGGAGAGCCAGCUAGCUGCCUGCCAACAUUGAACCUUGGGACCAAACAUCGUCGUCCGCCGCCAUGGAUUCCGCCGCUUUGGAUCCACGCCUUCGCAGCACCCACGAUUCAUCCUCUAUCUCCGUACACGUCGCCGAGGAUGCCUCUUUGCCGUCUUCAUCUCCGUCACUGGCACCACCUGUUUCCCAUAAUAAUGUGUCCGCCCCCACCCCCACCCCCACAGCCAGCGGGCCCGGCUCUGGGACCGGGACUCAACACUUCAACGGCUCCGUCUCGGGCACGGUUGCGGCCGGAGCUCUAUACUCAGCCGCCCCGGCGGCAUCAGCUGCCUCUACUCACACCCCGGGCAAUGCCCCGUCUCCCUUUCCCACUGCCACUGCAUACCCACAGCCGCCUGCGGCCCCAUCCACCACAAAUGCCCUGCCUGACGACCACACUGGCGACCAGGACAACUCAGGGUCCGAUCCCAGGAAAGCCAGGGCCUGUGAGGCAUGCCGCGGUCUCAAGGUCCGCUGCGAGACUGUCCCCGAGGAUCCUGAAGGUGCCUGCAAGAGAUGCGCCAAGGCUGGACGCAACUGCGUCAUCACCCAGCCCACCAGGAAGCGCCAGAAGAAGACCGACAAUAGGGUUGCCGAGCUGGAAAAGAAGAUUGAUGCUCUGACUGCUACUUUGAGCGCUGCCAAGGCCGGCCAGCCCAGCCAGCCCGGCACUUCCGUCUCCACCCAUCCCGAAGCUGGUCCUCCCGGCGGUUGGGAUGCCGAUGGGACCGGGAUCUCUGCUUCUGCAGUACCGCCAGUGGCCAAGGCCGGUCAGAAGCGGAAGCGUAGUGCGCCCGUCGCGAACGGCGGCCACACUCCAGCAUCUUCGAGCAGUAACGAGCACCAUGAUCUCGUCGCCCGUGGUAUCAUCACUGCCGACAGUGCGGCUCACCUGCUAGAUCGUUACAACUACCAGAUGGCCCCUCACCUACCCGGUGUCGUCUUCCCGCCCCACCUGACCGCCGACGAGCUCAGGAAAACGAGACCAGUCCUGUUCCUUGCCGUCAUGGCCGUUGCCUCCUCGAGCUUGCCCGAAGUAAAGCGGGUCGCUUUCAGAGAGCUCUUCCAGGCCUUCGCUGACAGUAUCCUCAUCAAGGGCGAAAAGAGCAUCGAGCUGGUCCAAGCUUUAACUCUUGCCGCCAUGUGGUACCUGCCGCCAGAAAAUCUCGAUGAACUCAAAUUCUACCAACUUGUACACAUGGCUAUGAUCAUGGCGCUUGACCUCGGGCUGGGCAGAGGUAGACCCAGGGGUAGCAAACCAACGGCGUGGGGUGCGCAGCCACCGAGGAGGCAGGUUCAACCAGACCCAACCACCAUCGAAGCAAGGCGGACCUGGCUUCUGUGCUACUAUAUGACGGUCAACACGGCCAUGGCUCUUCAUCGGCCAUUUCUGCUCAGAUGGACCUCGUUCAUGGCAGAGUGCAUGGACAUACUCGAGUCCUCGCCCGAAGCUGCACCAACGGACAAAUAUUUCUGCCAUCUCGUGUGGACGCAUCGGCUGGCGGAAGAGAUCGGGUUCCAAUUUUGCAUGGACGACCCUUCGGUCCCAGUAAGCCUGUCAGACCACAUGACGCAGCACAGGAUUAGAGGCUUCGAGCGGGAGCUCGACAAACAUAAGAAUCAGGUUCCUGUGGAACUUUUGCACCCAUCACUUAGGCUCAGCUUCCACACCCUGAGCUUAUACAUGCACGAGCUUGCGCUGCAGACGGAUCCAGCUGAUGCGAUCAAAAGCCCGUUCGUGCCAGAGAGCGCUGCUGGUAAUGCAACGCUGAAUCCAGCCUACACCAGCGCUCUGGCAGCCUGUCUGACGGCGAUUGAUGGGAUAUUUGACACUUUUUUGAGCAUGGAUCCAAGCAGCAUAAAUUGUAUGCCCGUCUUUAAUCUUGUGCGGGUGUCCUAUGCUAUGGUCAUCCUCAUCAAGAUAUAUUCGGCUGCUUCAAACCCGUCGUCGGACCUCGGGAAAGUCAUUGAUAAGGACAGCCUGAAGGUCGAGCAGAAAUUGUCCGAUCUGGUGGAGAAGUACCGUGCUGUUUCCAACAUUGACAAACACCAUCCGGCCUCUAAUUUUCUCACCAUUGCAGUCAUGGUGCGAGCUUGGUUUCUCAAGUUCAGCCAGUCUCAGCCCAGGCGUGGAGAAACCAAAACUGAUGGCUCAACAAAUGCGGCGGGGCCGAACCAAGCAGGCGAUUCUUCUCAGGCCAGCAGCAACCCUUUGCAACUUCUAUCCGAAGCCGCCACCAAUAAUCGAGCUGCUACAGGUGUUUCUGAGGUACAAGCCCCUGCCGAUGGGGCUCCACAGAGCGGCAAUGGCGACGCAGACGCCAGUACAGCAGGGGCCGUUUCAUCCUCCAAUGGCCCAGGCGCGAAUCAAGAGAGGAAGGACGAUGGCAGCAUUAAUAUGCCGCCACCCCCGAUGCCUCAGGCACAAGCAUAUCCUCACCAGCAUGGUUUCGUCGGUGGCACGCCUGCUCCGUGGCUCGGCUUCGGAACGGACUUUGACGCCCACAUCCUGGCUGAUGGAUUCACCCAGGCCUGGGACCUGACCAUGGAAGGUCUCGGUGACGGGCAGGGGGGCUUUCAGGACUUUAACGGCUUCAUGCUCGGAGUUCCUGACCCACUGUUUGACCCAGCUGGAACCCAGAUGCCUGGCCCUGGCUCGUUCUAAUCCUGGGAGGCGCAACAUCGAGCGUGGAUUGCGUCUGAUUGGCGGUCCUUGGUCCAUCAUAAUAGUCGAGCUGAAGCGGCUUACACUUGUGUCACAGAGUACUUGAUUAUCACUGUCUAGAAUGGCCUUGGCGUCGGGUCGAAACACUGGCAGCACUUGAGGAAAGAAAGCUGUUUCUAACAUUACUUCCCUUGAAAUCAUGUAUUUUACGAUUACACAGGGGUGUUCUGGGCUGAUGUGCUUAUUAUAGCGGACUCUUUUCAGCAUCGCUCUAGGUUGGUGGCAUUUGGCAGCAUUGGCUUCACAAGGUAUUUUCAAAAGGGCUCAGUCUUGUUGCAAGGCGUUGAAGGGAUUUCUUUAACCGGAAUUCAUUUGCUAUUCUGUAGAUUACACAUAAAAGGGUGGGAAAUAACGACGUCGGGUAAUACGGUUCAUUGGUCGAGAGCCUCUCUUCUCAAUUCGAAAUCACAUGCUCAUUAAUGCAUGCAUGACAA